AUGGAAGUGCGCGACGGGCUAAGGGAGGUGUGUGACGGGCAAAGGAAAGUACGUGACGGGCUGAGGGAGGUGUGCGACUGGCCGAGGGAGGUGCACGACGGGCUGAGGGAGGUGUGUGGCAGGCUGAGGGAGGUGCGCGGCAGGCUGAGGGAGGUGCGCGACGGGCUGAUGGAGAUGCGGGGCAGGCUGAGGGAGGUGUGCAUCGGGCUGAGGGAGGUGCGUGGCAGGCUGAGGGAGGUGCGCGACAGGCUGAGGGAGGUGCGCGAUGGGCUGAGGGAGAUGAUGGAAGGGAAGGGAGAGGCAGGGGGGGAGAGCACGAGAGCGACGGAGGAGAUAGCAAGUUUAGAUGGCAAUGCCGGAGAUAAGAAUGAAGGCGAACGGGGGGAGAAUGACGCAGAAAGAGAACCGAAGCGGCUGAAAUUGGAGGCAGGAGCGUCGGAGGAAGCAAAAACAGCGGGAAAAGCGGUCGCGGAGACAGCAGCCGAUGGCGAGAAGGGGGAAGACGAGGACGCAAACAGAGAGCGCAACCGAAAACACUAUAAGAAAAAGAAGGUGGCGCUCUUUAUCGCGUACUGCGGCGCGGGUUACCAGGGUAUGCAGCGCAACCCUGGGGCGCGCACGAUCGAGGGGGAGCUGGAAAAGGCGUUGUAUCGAGCGGGGGCCAUACUGGAGAACGACCUCGGGGACUUCUGGAAGAUCGACUGGAUGCGAUCCGCGCGCACCGACAAGGGCGUGAGCGCGCUCGGGCAGGUGGUGUCCGUGCGCCUCGUGCUGGACCCGCCGGGCUUCGUGGAUCGAGUGAACAAGCAUCUGCCGAAGCAGGCGAGUGCCCUCACGUUGCCAUUUCUCGUGCGGCUGCUGGGCUUCGUUAAAGUGACAGCAGGGUUCAAUGCCAAGGACCAGUGCGACCGACGCAGGUACGAGUACGUGAUCCCCACGUUCUGCUUCAACCCGCUGGCCCACCGCGACCGCGAGUACCUCGUGCGCAUGGGGCUCAUCUCCGACCCCGAGGGCGCACAGGACGGGCAGGGCGGGCAGGCAGGGGGCGAGGCGGCGGAGGGGACAGUGGAAGAGAAGGGGGCUGAGGGGAAGGAAGAGAGCGGGUCUGCAAAGGAGUCUGCAGCUGCUGAAGGGGGAAAGGGUGAGAAGGGGAAGGAGGAUGCUUUGGCAGCUGCUGACAAGCCAUCCGAGGCUGCAACCAACACAAAAGAAGCAGAGAGCAAAUCAACAGACAAGCCAGACGACAAAGCAGCAGAAGCACAAGACAAUCCCAAGGCCACCACACUCCCUGCCCCUCUUCCCGCCGUGUUCACCCCGCCGCCCUACACGUUCGACUCGGCGGCUCUGGAGCGACUGAACCACCUGUUAUCCCUCUUCGUGGGCACACACUGCUUCCACAACUACACGGUCAAGGUCAGCGCCAAGGACGCGGCGGCCAAGCGCUACAUCGUGUCGUUCGCAGCGGAGGGCGUGACGCAGGUGGAGGGCAUGGAGUGCGUCAAGUGCGUGGUGGUGGGGCAGAGCUUCAUGCUGCACCAGAUCCGCAAGAUGGUCGGCAUGGUGCUCGCUGUCAUGAGGGGGCAUGCGCCCGAGCAGAUGCUCACCGAUGCCUUCAGGAGGGACAAGCGGUACAAUGUGCCACUGGCCCCGGAGCUGGGGCUGUUCCUGGUGGAGUGCAUGUUCCCCGCGUACAACAACAAGUGGGCCGCCUCGCACCCGCUCGUCACACUGGAGCCCUUCAGAGAGCAGGCGGAGAGGUUCAAGGAGGACGUGGUGUACCCGCACAUCGUGAGCACGGAGCGCAAGAGCCACGUGUUUGCCACGUGGCUCUCCAACCUCAACGACCGCAACUACCCUGAUUUCGUGCUCGCGAGAGCUGAGGCCAAGGGUCUGCUGGGUGGUGGUGGGACUGACGAGGAAUCAGGAGAAGCUCCUGCUUCUCCUCGCAAUGGACUUUCUGUGCUCGGGGUUUUCCCCCGCCUUGGCAAAGCUUAUGCCACUCCUGUCAACGAACCUCCUCGCCCCGAAUCACCAGUCCGUUCAGUCGGCAUGGUGUAUGCGUGGGGCGCACCGAGCUCGCCGACUGUCGUGGAGCCACACCCGUCCGUGACUCUUGUGCCUGGUGGUGACGAGGGCCCUUCAAACCGCGGCGAGAGCACUCCGUCAACGGUGAAUAGCGCUCCUGCCAAGCGUCCUCGCACCGGUGGUGUGAAAUACACCCAGCAGCUUCUGUGGGGUGCAAAGCCCCCACGCCAACCACCAAGUCCUCCUCGUGCAGCACCGCUUGUGAAUGCUGAUGAGGAGUUACCCAAAUCGGAUGCUGACGCUGAGUAUGCAAUCAUGAAACACCGUUUUGAUUCUGACUGGGCAUCCCGUUUUCCGUGGCUUCGUUUGCAUCGCACGAAAGCAGGCCGCCCCUCGUUGAAGUGCAACGUCUGCAUGCUGCAUGGCGAUCCCUCUGCCAACACGACGUACGGCGUCAAGGGCGAGGGUGGCCGCGAUCUUCAGCUUGGCAGCAUGCGCGCCCAUGUUGCGACUCGGGCGCACAAGGCCGCCUUGAAGGUGGAAGCUGAGGCUGAGGCGCGUCGUGAGCGUCAACUUACUCUGACGCGUUGGCAAGCCACGGACGCAUCAACACGUCACAUAAUCCGCUGUCUGCACAUCGCCAUGUUCAUCUGCACACACUCAUUCCGUAUUGCACGUGCGUCACAGGUGGAUGUGACUCUGGUGGCACACCUUGCUGAGCAGACAAGGAUGCGCCUGACCCAACGCUACCUCCGUGUCCCCGAGGGACACACAUUCGGUCAUGGCGACAAGAUGCAUCUGCCUGCCUUCAUCCGUGCACAUGGGAAGUCGGACCCGGACAAGCGGAAGAUGAAGGUGGAAGGGGUCGAUAGAGAUGGGACCCCAUCCUCUCAUGAGUUCGUGCUCCACGAGCGACCUCUGGCCGAUGAAGACCCAGACGGUGAAGACCCAGACGGUGACGCGACAGCAGGUGACGCGACAGCAUGCUACGAGCUGUCGACCAAGUUUGUGCGGGAGGUUGUGAAGCAGCUUGAGAAGCGGCUGAGAGAUCUGUCUCACCUCGAUGGCUCGAAGCUCUUUUUGUCAUCGAAGUACCUUCUCGACGAUGACAAGCGUGUCGCGGCAUUCAAGCGAUGGCUGAAGCAGCUCCAUGUGCUCUUCCGCGAGACCCUGCCCGGUUUGUGCCCGUUGAUUCUGUGA